AUGCGAGCCGGGCCGGCGCUGCUGCCCGUGCUGCUGGGCUGCGCUCUGGCCGCGGAGCCGCGGCUGCAGCGGGGCAUGCCCAAUGUGUGCCCAGUGCUGGAGCUGGCUCUGGUGGGACACCAGGAGCCCUGCAUUCAGUCCUUCAGUCGCAUGGUCAGGAUGUGGAAGCAAGGCUGCACAAAGAGGAGGUGGUGUGUGAGCUAUGAGAGAAGGUCUGGCUACUACACCGUUUACAAGCAGGUGUACAGGAUGGAGCAGCAGACUGUCUACAAGUGCUGCCCUGGCUGGGCCCAGCAGGACAAUGAACCUGGCUGUCUGCACUUGCUGUGCACUGCUGGCUCUUGCUUCAAUGGAGGGAGGUGCUCUGAAGGAGGAUCCCAGGUGUGCCAGUGUCCUGCAGGGUUCCAGGGGCCUCGCUGCCAGUACGAUGUCAACGAGUGCACCAUGGACAACGGCGGCUGCCACGACCGCUGCUGCAACACCAUCGGCAGCUACCACUGCAAGUGUCCAGCUGGCCAGAAGCUGGGGGAAGAUGGAAAAUCCUGUGCAGACGUGGAUGAGUGCGAGGUGCUGAACGGGGGCUGCCAGCAGGGCUGUGCCAACACCCAGGGCUCCUUCCAGUGCCAGUGCCAGCCGGGAUUCCGGCUCCACGCCGACGGCCGCUCCUGCCUCGCUGUCAAUUCCUGCAGCAUUAACAACGGGGGCUGUGAGCAGGACUGUGUUCAGCUCAGUGAGGAUCACUACAAGUGCCAGUGCCAGCCAGGCUACCAGCUGAAGGCAGAUGCCAAGUCCUGUGAAGUGAUAGACCCCUGCACAAGUGGGAAUGGAGGAUGCUCACAAAUCUGUCAGAAUGAGAGAGGAAUUGCAAAAUGCGAGUGUCAUCCAGGGCAUUCUCUUGCUGCAGACAAAAAGUCCUGUUUAGACGUGGAUGAGUGUGCAGAGGGCAGGGCCAGGUGUGCCCAUCGCUGUGUGAACACCCCGGGCUCCUUCAGCUGUGCCUGCAGCCCUGGCUUCGAGCUGGGUGCGGACGGGCGGCGCUGCUACCGCAUCGAGAUGGAAAUCGUGGACAGCUGCCGGGACGGGAACGGCGGCUGCGAGCACGGCUGCGAGCACACGGCAGCGGGGCCACGCUGCUCCUGCCCCCGCGGCCACCGCCUGGCCGGGGACGGCAAAACCUGCUCAGAUGUGGACGAGUGUGAGACUGGGGAGUCCUGCUGCUCCCAGUUCUGCAUCAACUACGCGGGGGGCUACGAGUGCGCCUGCAAGGCGGGGUUCCAGCUCAGCGCCGACGGCUGCUCCUGCGACGAUGUGGAUGAAUGUCGUCUGGAUAAUGGCAACUGUGACCAUUUCUGUGUGAAUUCCCUGGGGUCCUACGAGUGUGCCUGUAAGGAGGGUUACAGGAUUGGGGAUAGCAGAUGGGCCUGCGUGGGUGUGGAGGAGGCGGAUGCAGAGGAGGCAGCAGGGCUGGCUGGUGCCCCGGGGCUGCAGUUCCGAGGGCCCCCCCAGCUGCUCCACCUCGCCCUCAGGGCCCUGGAGGAUGGAGACCCCCGAGGAGAGCUCACCCUGGUGCACAGGGUCGUGUGCCUGGGUGACACGUUUGGCCAGGACUGCAGCCUGAGGUGUGAGGAUUGUCUGCACGGGGGCCGCUGCAACAGUGAGCGCAGCGGCUGCGUCUGCCCGCCCGGCCGGGCUGGUGCCAUCUGCAACGAGACCUGUCCCCCCGGGACGUUCGGCAGAGGAUGCGCCGGUGUCUGCAGGUGCCAGAAUGGAGGCUGGUGUGACCCUGGCACGGGGCAGUGCCACUGCCCACCCGGUGUGCUGGGCCAGCUCUGCGAGGAUGGUUGCCCAAAAGGUUUCUUUGGGAAGAACUGUAACAAGCCAUGCAACUGUGCCAACAAGGGCCACUGCCACAGACUGUAUGGAGCCUGCCUGUGUGACCCCGGGCUCUACGGCCGCUUCUGCCACCUCACCUGUCCCAGGUGGGCCUUUGGCGCGGGCUGCUCGGAGGAGUGUCAGUGUGUGAAGGAGCACACGCUGGAGUGCAGCCCCAGGAACGGCUCCUGCACCUGCCAGCCUGGAUACCACGGCAAAAAGUGUCACAAAGAGUGCACCCCGGGGUUUUAUGGGGCUGGUUGCAAACUGAGGUGCAGCUGUCCUCCUGAUGUUCUGUGUGAUCCUGAGACAGGAGCCUGCAAACAUCCGUGUCCAGCUGGGUUUCAUGGAGAAAAAUGCCAUUUGUCUUGUCAGCCUGGCAGCUUCGGGAUGGGCUGCAGGCAGAGGUGCAGCUGUGGAGGAGCCCCGUGUGACCCGAGGACAGGGCAGUGUGUUUGCCCAGCUGGGAAAACUGGUGCUACAUGUGAGCAAGAUUGCCCAGAUGGCCAGUGGGGACCAGACUGCCAGAACUCCUGCGAGCCCUGCGCCAACGGGGGACAGUGCAACAGGGAAACUGGAGCCUGUGACUGUCCCCCUGGCUACACUGGGCCAUCCUGCUCUGAGACCUGCCCCGAUGGGCGCUAUGGGCAGAGCUGCCUGUGGCUGUGCAGCUGUGGCAGCAGUGCCCAGUGCCACCACGUCACUGGGGAGUGCUCCUGUCCCCCGGGCUGGACUGGCCAUGACUGCAAACACCGGUGCCCCGAGGGGAGCUUUGGCCCGGGCUGUGAGUCCAGCUGUCAGUGCCAGAACGGAGCUGCCUGCGACCACGUCAGUGGAGCCUGCACCUGCACGGCGGGCUGGACAGGAACCUUCUGUGAAAAAGCUUGUCCAGACGGAUUCUUUGGGAUUGACUGCCACCAGGUGUGCAAGUGCAAGAAUGCUGCUGGCUGUGACCACGUGCUGGGCUGGUGCCACUGCCUGCCAGGCUGGCUGGGGGAGAGCUGCGAGCAGCCCUGCCAGGAGAACAGCUAUGGGCCAGGCUGCAGGAGCACUUGUCACUGCCACAACGGAGCUCUCUGUCACCACGAAACCGGGACGUGCCUCUGCAGCCCGGGCUGGAAAGGAGCCACCUGCCAAGAAGCCUGUCCCCCAGGGUGGUACGGAGCAAACUGCCUGCAGCGCUGCCUCUGCCACGGCCAGGCCACCUGUGACCCUGUGAGCGGCGAGUGCCAGUGUCCCCAGGGCUGGACAGGGACAGCCUGUGAGCUGGAGUGUGGGGAGGGGCAGUUUGGAGAGGGCUGUGAGCAGAACUGCAGCUGCCACCAUGGGGUGUGUGACCAGCCCUCAGGGAAGUGCCUCUGCCACGCUGGCUGGACCGGGGACCGCUGUGAUGUUGGCUGUCCCCCGGGAUUUUUCGGCGAGCGCUGCGAGGAGCGGUGUGACUGCGCCCACAGCUGGUCCUGCCACCCCCAGACUGGAGUGUGUCACUGCGAGAGGGGGUGGCGAGGGAGGCACUGUGACAAACCCUGCCUGCCGGGCCGCCACGGCGUGGGGUGCGCACAGCGGUGCCGCUGCCCCGCGGGACGGCCCUGCCACCACCUGACGGGCGCCUGUGGAUGUCCCCCGGGAGUCACCGGCCACGGCUGCCACAAGGCUUGUCCAGCAGGCACCUAUGGGCAGGACUGUCAGGGAGUGUGCCAGUGCUCUGCUGAGAAUCAGGAAUGUCACCCUGUCACCGGCCACUGCUCCUGCAGCCCGGGCUACCACGGGGCCCAUUGCCACCUCCGGUGUCCAGAAGGUACUUACGGUUCAAACUGCCAAAAUCCCUGUAAAUGCAUGAACGGAGGCCGCUGUGACCCCGCAUCAGGAACUUGUGAUUGCGCUCCCGGUUUCAUUGGAGCCAACUGCAGCAAAACCUGCCCUGAGAGCUGGUAUGGGAAGGACUGUGCCCAGCUCUGUGCCUGUGGCAGAGGCCAGUGUGACCCACGGACUGGCGAGUGCACCUGUGCCCCCGGCCACAUGGGACCUGCCUGUCAGCAAGUGUGUCCCCAGGGACAAUAUGGCCCCAACUGCCAGGGGACGUGUACCUGUCAGAACGGUGGCAUCUGUGACCCUGUGGAUGGCAACUGCACCUGCGGGCUCGGCUGGACAGGAGGAUCCUGUGAGGAAGAGUGCCUCCCAGGAAAGUAUGGGGCUGGCUGCUCCCUGGACUGCCUGUGCCAGCACAAUGGCACCUGUGACAGGUUCACAGGGUGCUGCAGCUGCCCCGAGGGUUUCUACGGCCACUCCUGUGAGCACAGGUGCCCCCUGGGAUUUUAUGGGCUGGGCUGUCUUCAGGCCUGUGCCUGUAAAAAUGGAGCGAGCUGUGAUGCAGUGACAGGACAGUGCCUUUGUCCCUUGGGUUACCAUGGUGUCCACUGUGAAAAAGGCUGUGCCAGGGGCUGGUUUGGUGAGGGGUGCCAGCAUCAGUGUGACUGUGGAGAUGCUCCUUGUGAUCCAGAGACUGGGAAGUGCCUUUGCCCACCUGGGAAGACUGGAGACAAGUGUGACAUUGGGUGCAGGCCAGACAGGUACGGCCCUGGCUGCUCGCUGCGGUGCCAGUGCUCCGGCAGAUCCCGCUGCAAUCCCCACAACGGGAACUGCGCCUGCCCCGGCUCCUGGAGGGGCUCAACCUGCACAGAAGGUGGCCCUCCAAAGCUUCCUUUUUAUGAAGAACAAGCUCAAGAAAGAGGGAGUAUUUUUCCAAGAGCUCUACAACAGUAACAUUUGGACUAAUAAAUGAACUGUUUUAUAUGCACAGAAGGUAUUUGAAUUUGGAUAUGAAAACAGUUAUUCAAUUCAGCUUGAAUUGUACUGAAGUAUUCACACUUCUUAUGGAAGACUACAGAGGCCAUUUAGUAGCUGGAUCCUUUUAAAGAGUUGAAUCUGUUUCAUGUGCUCAUUCCUAGCCUCUUGCCCCUCCAUUAAUCUACUCUGGACAUUCUUUCUGGCAUUAAUAUAGUUCAUUUCUUGAAAGCCUGGACAUGUUUUUAAUCAGAGCAGCUCCAAAGAGUAUCAGGAUAAGCAGCAUGUAACACAUCACCAUGGAAUGAGCCACGCUCCCUAUCAGGGACUUUCUAAACCCACUUGACAACCAGCACCAAGUUUGAAGAGUAUUCCACAGAUUAUUUCUCUACAGAUUCAUUGCAAAAUCACAUUGCACAUGAACUAGAGGGAUUCAUCAAGUUAAUUCCUCUUUGAAUGAAAUGGUGUGUUCUAGAGAAGCAUGCAGUCUAAUUUUGAACUUUCAGCUGAAGAAGAAUCUGCUACAACCCAACAAGAGUCCUCAAUACACUGUUAAUUUAUUUAAGAGCAUCUUCUGCAUUUCUGGUGUGAUCUGACUGGAAGGUCUCUGUCUGAAUCUGUCUUCCAAAGAGCGUGGUGUCAUCUGCCAGACUCUCCUGGCACCCUGUGUUCUCACAUCUUACCAGCUGAAUUUCUCAGUGGGUUGUCAAGCCAAACUGUGCAGCACUUCUCAUCAAACAGUAUCUGCUAAUGCAGGAAAGAUUUUAUCUGGAAUAGAGAAAGCACAUAGUAAGCAAGGAGAGAUGCUUAAAGAUACUAUCUCUAGAGUUUGUGCUUUUAUUGAGCAAUUUAUUUUUUUAAUCAAGUCACCUCACAACAGUCCUGAUACCAUUCAACAGCUGCUGGUGGCCACCUCAUAAAACAGAGACA